UUGGGUUCGGGCGGAGGGGCCGCCAUUAUUGGGAAGCUAGCUAGAAAAACCACAUUCACCCACAUGCAGGACUGCAACACAUUUGAUAGCGUUUAUGCAUUGCGUUUUUAUGAUUCAGUCAUUAAGCGGGAUCUUGAGGCUUAUUGGGAAGUCGGGGCUACACAUGCUGUCUGCAUACGAUGAAAUCAGCAUAUUAUUUUGGCCACAACAAAGGACGUUAUAAUUGGCCAAAGCAACGUGGUAAGGCCGGAGGAAAACUGAAGGAAAUCUUUUUUUCCUUCCGAAAACCACCAGUAUAAAAUCGUCAACAAGCGAUUCUUUGCUGGACAUCGCUUCUAAUGGAUUUUGCAAGCCACUGGGUACGUUACUCGAAAGAGAGAACAGCAGGAGCCGGUUAAACCAAGAAUAUUCAUUGAAACCCGUAGAGCUGCUUUAACAAAUAUAUAAAAGCAUCUCAAGAAUCUUUAGAAAGGUCAUAUAGAAAAUAACCGGCUUUGUAAUUAUACGGGACCAUAUUCUCCGACCUCGUUGCCUAAAUGCACCGAACCGGCUGAAGACCUUAACAUUGGCCUGGACUGGGAGGAGGGGUUGGAACCGGAGAAAAAAAGGAAGGAAGACGGGACAAACGCAAUCAUGAAUGGCUAUUGCUAAAGGCCCCUCACUCCAAACAUUUGAUGUUUUUUUUCCCACCUAUACAUUUUUCUACACCAGUUUCUCUCUAAUAUGGGCAAGAAACACACAAGCAUGAUUGAUCUGAUGUAGAAUAAAAGGUAUCACAUCAAAGAACAAAGAUGUAUCAAAUGUGAUCAUACAAAACAAUUUCACUUCACACUUUAUGGACACGUGUCAGCGAGUCAUCCUGUGUCAAACUUUGUGGCAUGGCAACAUGAGUGCCCGCAUACGAUGAUGGCUAAGAAGCAAGAUUCACGGGCGGCCACAUACAACUUGGUUGUUGUUGGUCUCUCGGGCACUGAAAAGGAGAAAGGCCAGUGUGGUGUUGGCAAGUCUUGCCUUUGUAAUCGCUUUGUCCGCCCUAGCGCAGAUGACUUUCAUCUUGAUCACACAUCAGUAUUAAGCACCAGCGAUUUUGGUGGCCGAGUUGUCAACAAUGACCACUUCCUGUUUUGGGGAGAAGUGGAGCGGGUUUUGGAAGAUGGUACAGAGUGCAGGAUGCAUGUGGUCGAGCAGACCGAGUUCAUUGAUGACCAGACAUUUCAGCCACAUCGUAGCACAGCUUUGCAGCCUUAUAUUAAAAGAGCAGCCUCCACAAAACUGGCUUCUGCAGAAAAGCUCAUGUAUUUUUGUACAGACCAAUUGGGCCUGGAACAAGACUUUGAGCAAAAGCAAAUGCCAGAGGGCAAGCUACAGGUAGAUGGCUUUCUACUCUGUGUAGAUGUCAGUCGAGGGAUGAAUCGCAACUUUGAUGACCAAAUGAAGUUUGUCACCAACCUUUAUAAUCACCUAGGAAAGACAAAGAAACCUGUCGUUCUGGUUCUCACUAAGUGUGACGAAGGUGUUGAGCGUUAUAUCAAGGACUCUCAUACAUUUGCUAUCACUAAGAAGAACUUGCAGGUUGUUGAAACAUCAGCUCGAUCUAAUGUCAAUGUGGACUUAGCUUUUCUUACCUUGCUUCAGCUGAUUGAUAAGGGAAGAGGCAAAGCUAAGAUAAUACCUUACUUUGAGGCCCUGAAGCAUCAAAGUCAACUAAUUGCUUCUGCGAAGGACCGCUAUGAAUGGUUGGUGAACCAUAUGGUAAAGAAUCACAAUGAGACCUGGCCCAAUAUCAGCCGGCGCAUGCAGACAUCACCAGAAUACAAGGAAUAUGUUUUUUUAGAAGGUACAGCCAAGGCAAAAAAGCUUUUCCAGCAGCAUAUUCAUCGCCUGAAACAAGAGCACAUUGAAAGACGUCGUAAAGGAUAUUUAAGUACUCUUCCAUUGGCAUUGAACUCCUUAGUAUCUGAAUUAGAUGAAAUUGAACAUUUGAGCUGGGCUGGGGUGCAGAAGGUGCUUGAGUCCAAAAAGGACUUUGACCAUUGGUUUGUGGUACUGGAAGAUGCACCAUGGGAGGACACCCCACAUCUCGACAAUAUGGAAGAUGAACGAAUACCCUUCGAUGUGCUGGACACGACUGCAGCAGAAAUCAUCUUUGAUGCACACCUUGAACAUUUGCGGAAUGAGUGCAGGCGUGCCGAGAUGCGCCAUGAGUUCAAGAUGAAACUGGCAUCAUCACCCUUUGUCACCCCUGGCAAGCCAUGGGAAGAAGCACGCAGUUUCAUAAUGAAUGAAGAUUUCUACCAGUGGCUGGAGGAGCCAGAAUACUUGGACAUCUACAACAGACACCAGAAGGUGAUCAUUGACAGGGCGAAGGAGGAUUUCCAGGAACUUCUGUUGGAGUAUUCUGAGCUUUUCUAUGAACUUGAAGUGGAUGCCAAGCCAAGUAAAGAAAAGAUGGGAGCAAUUCAGGAAGUACUUGGGGAUGAGCAACGCUUCAAGGCAUUACAGAAGUUACAGGCUGAGAGAGAUGCUUUAGUUCUAAAGCACAUUCAUUUUGUCUACCACCCAACUAAGGAUACCUGCCCUAGCUGCCCACACUGUGUUGACAACAAGAUCGAACAAAUAUUAGCCUUGUGUUUCCCCACACGCUACCCUUCCUUUGGAAAGUUCCAUAUAAAUGAAAGCAAAGCAGACAGGAUAAACCUAGUUAUCUUGGGUAAAGAUGGUUUAGCAAGAGAGUUAGCUAAUGAGAUUCGGUCUUUGUGUACCAAUGAUGACCGCUAUGUGCUUGAUGGUAAAAUGUAUGAGCUAGUACUUAGGCCCAUUGAGGGCAACGUGAGGCUUCCUGUCAACUCCUUCCAUACAACCACUUUCACACCUCAUGGGUGCCUGUGUUUGUACAAUUCCAAGGAGUCUUUGUCUUAUGUAAUGGAGAGUAUUGAGAAGUUGCGAGAGUCCACACUUGGCAGAAGGGAGAACCAUAUAGCCCAACUUCCUCUGUCUCUUUUGUUAAUCACGAAAAGAGGAGUGGGAGCACUGGGUGACAUUGGUGGGGAGACUGCCCAAACCCUAAUCUCCCAGGGCCAGCAGGUAGCUCUAAGACUUCAGUGUCAUUUUUUGGAACCUGCCUCCCCAGGUUCAGGAUAUGGGCGAAAUGUGAAUGAAAGACAGAUAAACCAGGUCUUAAGGGGUCUGUUGGACUCCAAGAGAAAUGUGUUCCGUAGCAGUUCCCCACCUCCACCCCCUCUGCCUCCAAGCAUCAGAGAUUUACAGCAGGAUCAGAGUCCGGAGGCAGACCUGCGUAUUGUCAUGUGCCUAAUGUGUGGAGAUUCCUAUGACGUAGAUCAACUUCUCGCGCCAUUCUUGCUGCCUCAGCACUGCAGACCAACAUCUCCCCACUGCAGCAGUACAUCAGUGCUGCUGGAGCAGAUAGUCAGUGGCCACAGACAGACAAUAGAACUGUCUCUGCUGUCCUAUCAUGCUUCCUUUACCAUGCGUAAAAGUCGGCUGGUACAUGGGUAUAUAGGUGUUUACUCUGCUCGUCGUAAGGCCUCAUUGGAAACCUUGUGUGCCUUCCUCUGUGAGGUUCCUGAUAUCAUUCCAGUCCAGUUGCUAGCUGUAGGAGAAACCCAGGCAGAGCUCACAGACUCUGAUUAUGCGCGAGAACUACUGGUCCAGGGUGAGGAACUAGCCCAUGAAAUUGAGGGCCGUUUUACCAGUGUGGUCUGUGGACCAGGAGGAGUUGUUGGAGGACAUCACAGAAUAGACCUUCUACAACCCUUCUUAAUGGAGGUGGUGGAGAAAAGAACUCUUGUUGAGGCCACUCACAUGUAUGAUAAUGUUGCAGAGGCCUGUAGCACAAAUGAGAAUGUGUAUUCACCUCAUUGUGGCUCCCCUAGUCCUGUCACGAUGCUGUUAGACUCUGAAGAAGACAUGGAAGCAUCCCCGCCUUACCAUGAUGGUACACUCACCUCUCAUAGUGGAUUCAGACUGCCUGACCUGGAUUCAGCUGACACGUUCUCUGUCAUCUCUGAACUUAGCACCUUUGAAAAUAAGCUGAACCACAAAGCACCUCUACAAGUGAGGCCCAGACCUAGUGUCACAUUUGACCUUAGAAAGCACAACUUUAACCCCUAUAUGGAUCCAGUCAGCCAUCGGCGGUCUCUUACUUCUAAUGUGACCUGGCCUCCUGGUGGGGAUGGUGUCUACGAUCCUUCUGAUUAUGCUGAGCCUAUGGAUGCUGUUACCAAGCCGAGACCCAGCCAUGAAGAGAACAUCUACUCUGUGCCUCAUGACAGCACACAGGGUAAGAUCAUAACGAUCCGUAACUCCAACAGGAUGCACUCUAAUGGAGGUGGUAACGGCUCUGACAGCGAAGGGGAUGGCAGCUCUUUAGAGCGUCGGCGCAAGUUCUCUGCGGCAGGUGUGAAGCCUCGGCUUUACCGGGAUCGUUCCAAGCGUCUGGGCAAGUUCAGCAGCUUCCGCACCAGUUUUUCCAUUUGCAGUGAUGAUGAACUUGGUGUCCUUCCGAAGACAAAGGAGGAUGAAGUAACAGCACUGAAGGGAGAAACACUUAUUGAGGAAGUAGAUGAUCCAAAGAAGAAGAACAUUCUGAGGAGCCUUCGCCGACCAGGCAAAAAAACCAGGCUAAAGCCCCGCCACUCGAUCUCUAAACCUCUGGAGAGUAAUUACUUUGGGGUGCCUUUGGUUAGUGUUGUGUCAUCUGACCGACCCAUCCCACUGUUCAUUGACAAAUGCAUCCGCUUCAUUGAGGCCACAGGUUUGACUACAGAGGGUAUAUAUAGGGUGAGUGGAAACAAGGCAGAGAUGGAGAGCAUGCAGAGACAGUUUGAACAGGACCACGGUCUGGACCUGGUGGAGAAGGAUUUCACAGUCAACACGGUAGCUGGAGCUCUGAAGAGCUUUUUCUCAGAGCUACCAGAACCCUUGGUUCCGUACAGUGCACAGGUGGAGCUGGUGGAGGCUUACAAGAUAAAUGAGCGGGAGCAGAGGCUGCAGACCAUGAAGGACAUCCUGAGGAGAUUUCCCCGUGAGAACUAUGAAGUCUUCAAGCACGUCAUGAGUCACUUGAACAAAGUCAGCCAGUGGAACCGAGUGAACCUAAUGACCAGCGAGAACCUGUCCAUCUGUUUCUGGCCAACUCUGAUGCGACCCGACUUCACCACAAUGGAUGCGCUGACGGCCACUAGAACCUACCAGACAAUCAUCGAAACCUUCAUCCAUCAGUGCGCCUUCUUCUUCUAUAACCAGGCGGCCGCAGAGUCACCCACCGGGCCCUUUGGCCUGCCCGGACCCCUGGUGCCAUCAGGGUUGCCCCCGUCCCCCACGGCUGCCCCAUCAUGUAUUGCCCCAUCCCCGCACUUCAGCCCCCUGCUGCAGUCACCUCCCCGCUCACCCCCCCCAAGCCCCCACACUGUCCCAGCCGAACCACAGACACUGUGACCCAGGGAAGUGUAGGUGCACAUACACAUGCACACACACACACCCACAGACAUGCACACAUACACCUUCCCAUUCACAUUUUAUUGCCU